CCCGUUCGCUGCACAGCUCAUCGUCGCCCUCCUGGUCGUCCUCGCAGCGCAGGCUGCAGAGUAGCAAAGGAAAUUUCAUUGAACCCAAAAACCAACCAGCUACGAGAAGAGUGAGAGCAGUACAUUUUCCCCACCAAGUAGUCGGACCUACAAACGCGAACCUUUCUUCGUGGGCAACAUAUUUUACGAAAUACUCUCUCGCUCCGUUUUUCUCAUCCGUGGGGCAGAGUUUUAGCUAGCAACAGAAAUAAAGAAAGAACACAACUUUGUUUUAUUGCGAGUGCUGCUGAGUGCAUGGUCCGUGCUGAAAAAUGUGAGUUUGCACCAAUUCCAAGAUUUCUUUUAAGAAACUGGUAUCAAUUUGUGUGGGAGUUGGUUGGUCAACAACAACACUUCUUCGUCGGGUGGGUUGUUAUACUCGCCGUGUUCGAGUGGGUGGAAUUUGGAUGUGUGCAGAAGUAGUGGUUUUGCUCCUGGUGAUAUAUUAUUAAAACCUUCAGAGCAAGACGGAUCCUUUCAUGGGAUACGAGAAUGGAGUAUCAAAAUUAUUCAGGGAGCGGAGUGGGGUAUGGAGGGGGGAAUUACGGUCUGGGGGAAACAAUGGACUACCACCACCGGGCUGAAAUGGAGGAAGAGCCCCCACGCGGACACCACCCCCACGCCCACCACACCCAGCAGAGUCUCCGCCGGAGUAGGAGUCGUCCAUCCCCAGGAGUGAUUUACCAAACGCCUUCGGUGGGUCACAGUUCGGAGAAUCCUUAUCAGCAACCCUAUCUGCCUGGACGAUCUGCGGGUCUCUCCGACUCCCCAACGUCGGACAAUGGUUCUGCAGACACACUCACAGACUCGGAGCUACCCUUCCCAAACCCUGCCUUACCUCUGCAGAACGGUAAGUGUGCCCUGCUUAUGGGAGGAGGAACGCUGGAUUUCUCAAAUACGGCUCGACUCAGUCUGAAGAGACCGAUGAAUUCCAAUGGGAAGAGCCAAACCGGCGUUGGUCUCAAUCACGACACACUCAUCGAUCAAUUUGUGCUUCAUACCAAUACGGGAAAAGUCUAUAUUCCUUCAGAUACGCCGAAAAAUUCGAGUUCGGAGUACAAGACGAGUCCAGGAAGCACAGCCUCUAAAAAGACUUCCGGCACUCUGCUCUACAAGGAGAGUGGAACGAUGGGUACGCUGCGACCACCUCCUCCAGAUCCUCGCCAAAGGUCAAAGGUGGACGAGGAUGAUCUAAUUUACAAAGUCAGAGGGCUCUGCACGUGGAGACAACUGAUCUUUUUCGGAGCACUCCUAUUCCUCGCCAUUUCCCUCGUGCUGAACAUCCUCUACAGCACGGGAACACUGCCACUGGGGAGCGAGUCAAGUUCCAGCUGUGGAGAUGGGCUCGGUUCUGGUGACCCAUACAACAGACAAUCAGGGUCGAACGGGACUUUGCAGUCCGCCCAACACCCCACAGGACCCAACCACAGGGCCGUUCCCACCCCAGCAGCACGAGGAUGGGGAAUUUUAAUCGGCGUUGUGGCGGCUGCAGAUGAUAACAAUGCCCAAUCACUAUACACUUCAAAUUGGGCAGCUAUUGGUGGUGGCUUUCUCUUACCAAACUCCUCCAUUGUGCAUGUUCCUCACUAUCGCAUGGACAGUAGUGCCAUGCAAUUUGUUCCUAGUAGCAGUAGUAGAAGCACGACCACUUCCUCAGUAAUGCUUUCACCCUCCUCACCACCGGACUUGGAGCAGGAGGACGAGGACGAGGACGAGGAGAAACCUGACAACGAUGACGAUGUCGCAGGAAAUAUUGUAGUGCAGUUACACUCUUUGGAAUCCUCCUUCAGUAACGAUUAUCUUCAAAAGACUCGGUACAAUCCAGAGGCAGAAAUAAAAGAGUCAUCAACCACACCACGUAGUAUUACGACGGGACCAGUCCAAGAACAACCAGAAGUGGUAGGGGCCUCAACAACGACUUUUACAACGGAAGUGGCUUUUCACAGUACUUUUUCUCCACCACGAAGCUCCAUCCACUUCCUAACCGAGAACCCAUCGGCAUUCUCAACAUCAACUACAGCACCCACAUUUGCGGGUGGUGGUUUCAUAUCAACUACCGUUGCAACCACUGCAGCCCCAAAUGACGACCGAGGGGGUGCCGUGUGUGUGUGUAACUGUCCGAGUUUGGGUGGUCAGAAUGGAGAUGACUCGGACGAGGAAGAUUAUCCUGUUGAUUACCAAGGGUCUGGGAGUGCUCGACUUUCUCCACUAACAACGGAUGAAGAACGGCAAGUCAACAUUUGGGAUGAUGACCAUUUUGGCUCCGGUUCAGGAUCUGGCUCUGGGGAUGGAGGAGAGGAAUUGUUUCACGACGGACGAAAUUCUCGACGCAUUUCCAACCCUCCAACAACAACAGAAUUUUCCAGCAUCAACGACCUGGCAUGGUUAAAGAAUGAGCCGGUGUUUGGUGGUGAGGAGAAUGGCUCAGUAGUUGGUAAAACAGAGGAAGAAGUGGAUUUAGCGGAAGAGAAUUACAUUCCAGUUUUUCCCGGAGCUGAAAAACCCAGCAAGAGCCAAAACCAUUAUUAUGAUCGAAGUAAGAGUAACUGCACCAUCUGCCAAUCAGCAGGUGGGAAAUUUCCAGGAAUUAACUAUCCGCCGGAUGGAACAAGCUUUGGGCAAAUCACGAUUCCUACCCGGUUGUCUCACGUGGUGGGACCUUACAGUUACUGGAACAUGCAGUUCUACCAGGGCGAAGGGGCCUAUGUCAACUGGGAGCUAUCCGUUGCUCGUGGAGCUUCCAUCGGGUUCUAUGCACGAAGAAAUGCGCUUCCUUCGCACACUCAUUAUGACUUUAUGGAGAUUCUUCGCGGAUUCAAAACCAGAACUACUCGCAGCUCCCCGCCCUCUGUUUCUAAAGAGUUGAGCAACUUCUUGGAAGCUGGCCACUGGUUCCUCAGUCUAUAUAAUGAUGACAGUGACCCGCAGGAAGUUGUCUUUGUGUGUAACAUAUCCGAAGAAAUGACUGAAGGAUGUCCGAAUGGGUGCUCUGGAAAUGGCCAAUGUCAAUCCGGUCAUUGCCACUGCAAUCCAGGUUUUGGGGCGGACGAUUGUAGUCAAAGCGUUUGUCCCGUUCUCUGCAGUGGUAGAGGAGAAUAUGCGGACGGGUUUUGCGUGUGCAACCCAGGCUGGAAAGGCAAAGAGUGCAGUUUACGACACGACGAGUGCGAGGUGUCGGACUGUCACGGUCAUGGCAAAUGUGUGAAUGGUCACUGCCAAUGCAACCCAAAAUUUAAGGGAGAAUUCUGCGAGCAAGUGGACUGUCCUCAUCCCUCGUGCAACGGACAUGGUCUCUGUGUCAAUGGGACCUGCAUGUGCAAGAAGGGGUGGCGAGGGGUGGACUGCGCUUCAACCGACAAAGAAGCCCUUCAAUGUCUUCCGGACUGCUCUUCCCAUGGCGAGUUCAACCUCGAGUCACAGACGUGCACCUGUCAACCCAAAUGGACUGGGGAGGACUGUUCGCAAGAACUUUGUGACAUAAAUUGUGGUCCUAAUGGAGUGUGCAUUGGAACCGGCUGCAAGUGUUCGGAAGGAUGGGCAGGACCAUUGUGCAAUCAACGCCUCUGCGACAAACGCUGUGCUGAACACGGUCAAUGCAAAAAUGGAAUCUGUCUGUGCGUGUCUGGGUACAAUGGGAAGCACUGCACGUUGGAAGGUUGUCCCAACAGUUGCAGUGGUCACGGUCAAUGUAAAGCCAACAUGGACGGCCUUUGGGAAUGCAAGUGUCAUUCUGGAUGGGCUGGAUCUGAAUGUGCCGUCAUGAUGGAACAAAAUUGUAAUGAUGGAAAGGAUAAUGACAAAGAUGGACUAACUGACUGUGAAGAUCCAGAAUGUUGCGGAACAGCACAAUGUGACAAGUCUCAACUUUGUGUCGCUGCCAAAAAACCGACCGACAUUCUUCUCCGGAAGCAACCUCCUGCAAUAACGGCAUCCUUUUUCGAAAAGAUGAAAUUUCUCAUCGAAGAAGGAAGUUUGCAAAGCUAUGCUCGGCAGGACGCUUUUAACGGCAGUGUGUUUUGGAGCCAUUUCAACAAGAGUCGAAGUGGCGUGGUUCGAGGCCGCGUGGUCACCCCGAACGGAAGUGGUCUUAUGGGUGUCCGCGUGUCAAGCAGCUCACCUUUGGAACCGCUCGGAGGUUUCACCCUCACUCAGGAGGAUGGUUGGUUCGAUCUCAUGGUGAAUGGGGGUGGAGCCGUCACUCUGCAGUUUGGCCGAAGUCCUUUUAACUCCCUGUCUCGCACUAUUUUCGUCCCCUGGAAUGAGGUGGUUAUCAUGGACACGGUGAUCAUGGGGUCAACCACUUCCGACCCAGUCCUCGUCCCCACUCAGUCAUGUGAAGCGCAUGACUACGAAGGCAUGCGACCCGUGGUACUGGCAACUUGGAAGCAUGGAUUUCAAGGGAAUUGUCCUGGCACGAGUGCAAUCCUCAUCGAGUCUCAAGUUGUUCAGGAGAGCAUUAAGAUCCCAGGAUCAGGAAUUUACCUCAUGUAUCACAGCUCUCGAGGUACAGGUUACCUCUCCACGAUUCAGCUUCAAUUGACCCCAGAAACGGUGACGACGGCCUUGAAGCGAAUUCAUUUGAGAAUAACGAUUGAAGGAGUUCUGUUUGAAAAGACGUUCGAAGCAGAUCCCGGAAUAAAAUUCACUUAUGCGUGGAACAGGCUUAACGUGUACAGGCAACGAGUAUACGGAGUGACCACAGCCGUCGUAAAGGUCGGAUUUGAGUAUGAAAAUUGUGGACAAGUGAUUUGGGAUGUUCAGAGUACCACAUUGAGCGGACAUGACAUGGGGAUAAGCGAUAUCGGAGGAUGGAAUUUGGACGUUCAUCACCGGUACAAUUUCCAUGAGGGGAUUAUUCAGAAGGGCGAUGGGUCAAAUAUUUAUCUGAAACACCGACCCAGAAUUAUUAUGCCGAUUAUGGGAAAUGGACACCAGAGAGCAUUAGACUGUCAUGCAGAUUGUAAUGGGGUGGCUAGUAAACAGAAAUUGUUGGCCCCAGUGGCUCUGGCGACUGCAUCGGAUGGAACGCUAUUUGUUGGAGACUUUAACCUCAUUAGACGCAUCCUUGUCGACGGAACGGUUCACACCAUUGUUAAGCUAAAUGCUACCAGAGUUUCCUACCGUUACCACAUGGCUUUAAGUCCUGUUGAUAAUACACUAUACAUUUCCGACCCUGAAUCUCAUCAAAUAAUCCGCGUUCGAAAUGUUGAAGAUUUCUCUGAUCCGGAACACAAUUGGGAGCCCGUCGUUGGAUCUGGUGAACGCUGUCUUCCCGGGGACGAAGCUCAUUGUGGCGACGAAGCAUUGGCCAGAGAUGCAAAACUUGCAUAUCCAAAAGGAGUUGCUGUCUCUUCUGACAAUGUCCUAUUUUUUGCGGAUGGAACCAACAUUAGAAAGGUGGACCGGGAUGGGAUAAUUACCACCGUGAUAGGGAAUCAUCAACAGAAAGCUCACUGGAAGCCGAUUCCUUGUGAAGGGACAUUAAAAGUAGAGGAAGUUCACUUGCGCUGGCCCACAGAACUCGGAGUGAACCCAGUGGAUAAUUCCCUCUACAUUAUUGAUGACCACAUGAUUCUGAUGCUGACAAGGGACAACAGAUUACGGAUCAUUGCGGGGCGUCCAUUUCACUGUCCAAUCCCACUUGGAGGAUACGAUGCAGAUCUCGCAAUUCACACCGCAUUGAUCAGUCCACAAUCAAUCACAUUUGCGUCGAAUGGUGAUCUCUUUGUUGCAGAGUCUGACUCUCAGCGAAUCAAUCGGGUGCGAAUGAUUACAACGGAUGGGAAGGUUCGACACUUUGCUGGAGCUGAGUCGAAAUGCAAUUGCCUGGAUCGAGGAUGUAUUUGCUACGAAGAUGACCACUAUCUCGCCUCCACGUCCAAAUUUAACACCAUCAGUGCAAUAGCGAUGGCCCCUGAUGGAGUGCUGCACAUUGCAGAUCAAGGCAACUAUCGCGUGAGGUCUGUCAUGGCCUUAAUUCCUCAACCCAGUAUCGGAGAAUCCCGACAGUACGAAAUAUACUCACCCGAGACGCAGGAAAUUUACAUCUUUAACAGAUUUGGACAACACAUAUCUACAAAAAAUAUCGUCACUGGAGAAACCAUUUACACUUUUCUGUAUAAUGUCAACAUGUCAAACGGAAAAUUGAGCAGUGUCACGGAUUCGGCUGGAAACAAGAUUCAAAUUCUUCGAGAUUAUUCAUCCCAAGUGAAAACAAUUGAGAAUGCGCAAGCUCAGAAAUUUAACCUUCGAAUGUCCAGGGUACGAAUGCUUCAAGAGUUUUCUUCUCCAGAAGGAUACAAUUAUACAUUCGAUUACCACGGGUCUACUGGACUUAUCAAAGCUCGACAGGAUUCGUCUGGUCGUGCCAGCGUAUACUCGUACGAUGAAUUUGGUCGACUCACACAAACUGUUAGUCCCACCGGACAAGUGGUCAACCUCAAUUUCGACCUGAGCAAAAAGGGAGCGUCCGUACGUGUCACAAAAGAUCAAAAUGCACCAGAAAUUUAUUUCAUUAAAGGAUUCUCAGUUACAAAGAGGAUUGGAAAAUGGGAACAAAUGACCUCAGUUCAGGACACUAAUGUUGUCCUACAAGAGCCCUGGGGCCAAGUAGUCACGACAGAAUCUGUCCCCUACAAUUUGCUGGGUGAAAUCAAUCCUGCCCUAUCCGAUAGCUUCCCUGUUCCCGGAAAACAAAAGACGGAACUUGGUGGCGAUCUGAUGAACCGAGUCGAAUGGAGAUACGUUGCAAGAAAGGAAGGUCGAGGCAAAAACAAGCAGAUUGUUCAGAUUGAUAAGAAAUUACGAAUAAAUGGAGACAAUGUGCUCAUGCUCGAGUACAACAGGGAAUCAAAAUCUGAACUCAUCGUAAUCGACGAUAGAAAUGUCAUCCUUAAUGUCACCUAUGAUAAAACUGGCCGUCCACUCAAAUGGAUUCCAAGGGGUGGAUUUGCAUCGGUGGAAGUGGAGCAUGACCGUUUCGGACGAUUAGUGGGCUGGAAAUGGGAUCAGUUAAUGGAAACUUAUGAAUAUGACAGGGCAGGGCGAUUGUCCAAGAUUAGUUAUGCUGAUGGAACCUCACUAUCGUUAACGUUCAAAGACCUCAUUGCUACUCUGCCCAUGAAAAUGACAACUGCUGGUGGAAGCGACUAUCUGUUAGAGUACGACAACGCUGGGGCAUUCCAGUCAUUGACAACUCCUAGAGGACACAUUCAUAGCUUCGGUCUUUCCACCUCCAUUGGCGUGUACGAAUAUCAAUAUCGAGCCCCGAGCAGUCGUGAAAUGUACAAAAUCCAAUACAACGAUAAUGGCGAAGUUGUGAGCAUCGUCUAUCCCCAAGGAUCCGGCCGGGUUAACUUGGUUUACAAUCGAUUAGGAAAAUUGGAAAUUUGUGUGGCCGGACUCCGCUCUACCCGAUUCAAUUAUCAAGAAAAUACAGGUCUCAUGAAAGUUGCAGAAGUGGCUCAAUCUGCAUUUGAAUUGAAAACGGAAUAUAAAUAUCACGGAGGAAUUUUGAAGGAGCAACGAGAAAAAUUCGCAACCAAGAGUGGUUUGGAUAAUGUCCAUCUCAAAUUCCAAUAUGAUGGGAAUGGUCGAGUCAGUUCUGUUGAGACGGAAGUAAAUGGGAAACAAAUUCAGACUUAUAGCGUAAAACGGAAUCAAAAUACGGGUAGUUUGGAGUCUAUCGGUGAUCUCAAAAUUUUCGGAACUCCGCUCCAAUUUAAUCGCACCAUUGUGGAAGAUUCUUCCAAGUUAUUUGUCUUAACAUCGGACCGAGACGCUGUAGGCCGUCUCAAGGAACAGAGCAUCAUUAUCAAGGGGGCAGAAGUGUACAAAAUGAGCAUGCAAUAUGAUGCCAGGGGCAAAUUGAAACAUCGCAAGUUCAACCUUGACGUCCGAGGAUCAGUUUACGCCGACAAUGUAAUGUAUGAUGAGGACGGACACGUUUCUGAAGUUAAAGGAUCAGGACACUGGAAAUACUCGUAUGACGAGAAUGGGAAUGGAAUUCAAGUGAUGGAGCAGGGAGAAAAGUCCUCUCUAAUUUACGACUCAGGGGACCGUGUAAUCCAAGUAGGCGAACUUCUCCGAUACACGUACGACGCUCGUGGAUUCCUAGUUCAACGUGGGGCGGAAAAAUUCCAAUAUGACGACAAAGGUCAUCUUAUCCACGCCGUGAAGAAAGAUGACUACAAAGUUUGGUUCUUUUACGAUCACUUGGAUCGUCUCAUCUCUUGGAAGGAUGACAAGGGAAAUGUCACCCAGUUCAUUUAUGCAGACCCACAGCAUCCUCAACUCCUUACACAUGUCCACUAUCCCGUCACUGGGUUCAACCUCCUCUUUGUUCACGACCAGAAUAAUCACUUGGUGUCGAUGGUCACCUCGAAAUCGCAUCGCUUUUAUGUCGCAACGGAUCAGAAUGGUUCACCCCUUUCUGUGUUUACACCGGAUGGCAACCUCGUCAAAGAAACGCAUCGUUCUCCCUUUGGAAAAGUGAUUAGAGACACAGCCCCCGACUUUUACCUCCCGAUUGACUUUCACAGAGGAAUUGUGGAUAAACAUACCGGGAUAAUUAUCAUUAACGGGAGAGCAUACGAUCCAACAAUUGGACAAUGGAUGGUUCCUCGUUGGCAAGCACUCACGUCCAGUUUCCACAAGCCCACGGAUAUUUUCACCUACAGAUUUGCCGAUAACGAUCCAAUUACCCCGAAACUGUGGCAAGUCGCUAGUCGUAUGACUACUCUGGACUCUUGGCUCCGACUUUUUGGCUUCGAUAUGAACCAAAUCUUCGGAAAGGAAUAUGCUAAGCCUCCCAUAACUGGAGCACUAAUUGACUCCAACGAUGCCAACAACUUGAAUCCAGACUUUGGCGUAGUUUCCGGUCUCCACUGCAUGGGACAAACGACGUCAUCCAGCUUCAAAAAUGUUGGAUUUAGCCGUGAAUCCAAACUAAGUCCGGAGCGAGUCUUUUCUUGGAACUUGAUUCCUCGCAUUGCCUAUAAACGAAGUGGGUUUGGUCCAGGUUUAUUGGUGUCCAGAUCAGAAAAUGGGAGAGCCUUGGUGAGCACAGUAGAUAACUCAGUUGUUCAAGGAGUGAUAACGUCCGUCUUAAAUGCAUCAAUUUUCAUCGAGUUCCGGUCCACUCAUCAAAAUAGCUUCUAUUUUGUAAAAGACAAUCCACACAAGCUGAGGGACGACUUGGAGGAGCUCAAAAGGCUUGGGGGUCUCUUCAACACUUCUGUGCAUGAUGUUGAAAAUGGCAUCAAAGAGUUAAGACUGUGGGGUGGGGAUACUAGCAUUUCCGUGCGGUACGGGACGGACGAGGAGGAGGAGCGGGGUCGGCUGCUUAAGCACGCCCACCGCCGAGCCAUCGAGCGUGCCUGGGAGGAGGAAAAGCACUACAUAUCGCUCGGCCUGGACGGUCGACGCCCUUGGACGGACGAGGAGAAGGACCAACUCGUCAACAAGGGCCUCGUCCAUGGCUACCGACCCUCCGACCUAUUCAGCAUACACAAAUACCCCCACCUCGCCGAUGACCCCAGCAACGUCAUCUUCCAAAAAGACGCGAGGCGAAAGAGGAGAAAAAGUACGAAAAGACGUCCGCCAAAUUCACGAUCCUUAUUAUAGGACUCGGUUGCGCCAUUGUUAAGGACUUUAAAAUACAUAAAAUAUACAUAGAAAGUGUGCUACCGCCCCGUUUCGUACUUAACAAUAUUUAUUAUACAUUUUUUGUACUUUACAUCAUGACCAGUGGUGCAGAAUUUAUGGAUUUUUAUAUUAGCGUGUGUGGUAAUUGUGACGAGAUAAUUGAGAAGCUAUUUACAACGCAAAAUUAGUUUUACAAAUUGUAAGACUCUUGUAAGAACAAAUCUAGUAGCAAAAAAAGGAAAGAAGGUUUGCUUACGUACAGGGUAUCAUCCCCAGGUUGACAAUUUGAUAAAUAUAUAUGACACUUGGUUCCCUUCGCUCGUUCGUCCUCUGAAUUACGCUAAAUAUGCUAAUUUUGAAAUUCAACUCCAGCAAUUAAUAAUCCUUCAGUGAUAUUUGAAUUACAUUACAUAUUUGGGUUGGGACGAGGCGUUUCAGGCUUUCGAAAGCUUAUGUUCUAGUCGCAUUAGAUUUAUCUGAAACAAAUCAGCAAAUUUAAUUCAAUGUUUCAAAUUUCAAAUGCAGAGUGCCAUAUAUAGAGAGAAUUUGUUUAGGGUUUUUAAUUGUUUUAAUAAUGGUGUUAAUUUAAUUAGUUGUACUUUUUAAAUAGUCUUAUUGCACGGAUAAUUAUGCUGGUAUGCUUUAAAAUUAAAGUUGAGUUAUAAUUAGUGUUUGCUCUGAUUAAUACCUAAUUUCUUUCUCUCCCCUAAAAUCGGCACCUAUUUUAUUCCAUAAUUAAACGUCAGGACAGAUUUUCAUGUCCAUUUUCUUGUAAUCAUUUUAACCAGUGCGUGAAAAGGAAAAUUAAUGAGUAAAAAAAACAUUUAUCGUCUGUGAUGUUUGUAAAUCUCUACGGAAAGAUGUAUGUAAAUAGUUAUUUAAAAAAUAAGUAAGGAUUUUAUUAUUGAACGUUGACAUCAUAAUAAAUGCAGUCAAUCAUCGAAAGUAUUUAUAGUUUUGACCCAGAUGUGUAACAAUUCAUAAGGCAUCGCGUCAAUAAUAAGUACAUCACACAUUGAGAUUGUUAUGUAAAACCUUGAAUAAUUUUUGUACUUACGUUUUACGGGGACGGACGAUUUUUUAUACAUAAUAUUAUGCUUCAAAAAAUGAUUUAUAGUCACUCGCUGAGGAAGUUCGGAAGGGAGGAUUUGAUAUGAAGCAAUAAUUAGCGUAUCUUAAAUAUAAAAUACCACUUACUUUAUGUAAUAGUGUAAAUAAUCACUGGAUGAAAUGUUAAGUCCGCCCAAAUUUUUCAAACCUAUAGCCGACGACGAUUUAUAACGGCUUUGAUUUGUUCAAUCGAAUUGUCCACAUUCCAAGAAGAAGGGGAGCUCAUUCGGUCAUCAUACAAUUAUGACGGUGACAGAUUAUAUUGAUAAAUAGGACUACACAUAACAUGCAACGAUCUAUAAUUAAAACCUUUCAUUCGACAUUUACCCCAUGAAUAGUUUGUUAUUAUUGUAUAAUGAUUCUAUACAUAGUUCAUAGUCCAAGUGUAUAUAACAAUGUAAAAAGAUUAGACGAUGUUCAAUUUUGUAAAAACUGUCAGUCUGUAUUAAAUACGUUACGUAAAUAUUUACAUUUACAUAUGUAAAUUUUUAUACGCUAAGAAUCUAUUAAGAACAACGCUAUCAUAAGUGGAUACUAAAUAUAUAGUUAAAGAACGUCUCUUCCCGCAUUGCCAUUAGUUAUGUAAUGAUAAUUACUACUCGUUAUUAAAAAACCAGUUUCUGAUAUUUCUGUAAACGUAAAUUUCCACGUAAACACACCCUUUUGAGAAAUACAUAUACGGUGUUUAAGCUAUGAAAUUAAAUAGGUUAGGUUACAAUAUGAUCAGUCAUUUAAACCCCAUCUGCACGUACACAUCUUUCCCCUCAUCACCUUAAAGUAACAGUUGACAGUUAUUAUAUAAUAUUAACGAUAUUUAGGCAGGCAAACCUUUUCGACAUGAGGAUUCUUAUCUACGAAAAAAUGAAUACUUAUUUUUAAUGCCUGCUUAACCCAUGUAUGAUGAUCGCUAUACCAAACUAUGAAAAACCCAUUUCCCUAAUUAAUAAGCAACUUAUUGUUAUUAAUUAAUUAGAUAUUAUCCUCUUUUAUUGUAAUGAAUGUACUCACAAUCAACAUGAAAACCUGAAAUAAAAUUACCUAUUCAAUUGUGAAAAAA